AAUUAACAUUCGCUUUACGUUAGAACAUUUUGAGCGCGACGAAGAAAAAGACGCUUGAAUCGUGUGAAAUAAUUAGUGGAAAAAAAUCAUGGAAAUAAGCUCAGCAACUCAAAUUGAUGGCGUCCUGCUGCCGCAGGAAUCAGCGCCUGCAGGCGCCACCAAUACGCCUGUGGCGAAAAAAACACGACGCACCGCGCAACUAAAACGUAAUGAAGAGAUACUAAAUAAUGACAGUGUGCUCGAGGAUGAUGUGUUUGUGGCGGCACCGAAAACACCCACUGCUGCCAUCCGCCUGGCCGGAGAGACGCCGCGCCGCAGCACGCGCAAGAGCGUGCGUCCGCCUAUGGACUAUGGAGAUAUUGUGGAAAGGAGUCUGAUGUGCUCGGCCAGCAAGGACAAAAAAGACACGGCCGCUGUCGAGCCGGAGGAGCAGGAAGAUCAGCCGGCACAGAAAUGGACGGCUGCCAAAGUGGGUCGCCAUUCGCGCAAGCGCAAUCGUAAAACCAAGCGCGCGGGCAACAAAAAGGCCAAAACAGAAAAGGAGAGCGGCGAUAGGGAGGAGAUUAAAGAAAGGGCGGAGCCGCUGGAAGCAACAGUGACUGCCACUGUAAAGCCUGCCAAAGCAGACUCGGACACAGAAGAAGCAGCCACAGCAGAAGCAGGCGCUGCCGCAGCAGAAGCUGUCACAGUACUGCCGCAGCCCAGAGACAAUGAUGAGGUUGCAACACAAUCUCCUGUUGGAAUCAAUCAUAAGUCGCUGAAGGCAACUGCAGCCGAGAUUGAGCUGGCAUUAUGCCCGGAGAUAAUUGGAAACGCUGUUGCAGCUGCAGCUGCUCCUAUUCAGGAGCCAAUUGCUGCAGUCAAGGCACACCAAGCAGCUAGAGUAAGAGCCGUAGAUAUGGAUGAAUUGGGCUUGUGCCCGCUGGACGCCGAGGAGCCCCUCACCGGGGACGAUGAAAUGCCCACACUAGCUUUGGACGAUGAUGAUGACGAGCCCGAGAGCGUCCUAAACAGAACCUUUAAUGCUGACGAACAGUCAAAUGUGGAUGAAGAUAUGCCCACAUUAAGUAUUUUCGAACAAAAAUCGAACGAUGAAGAACUAAAACAAUCGGUCGCACACAUGAAGAGCCCCUCUUCGACCAAAGCCUAUCGCUUCCCCACACCCUUUAAAUACAAUUCCAACCCGAAAUUCCAAUUCACAACCAGCCCAACUGCAUUCCCAUUGACUGCGCAAGGCAACAACAGCCACAACUACAACUUGGAAGUACCUCGCAGUUCACGACGCAACCGUUCCAAAUCUGCAUCCGGACUGAAUGAAACCAAGGCCAAGACUGUCUCCUUCUUCAGUCCCAUCGAGGUGACCGUUGUCAGUGAAAUCGAUAAACGCUGGGAUGCACUCAACAGCAGUCACGUCACACAGCGUCGCAAGCGCUCAAAAUCCUUGGAUGAGAGUCGACAUCAAGUCAGCCGAAUUCCUAAGCCGACACAAUAUCCACCUAUAAAGGCCGCAGUCACGCCCAACAAGCUGAAGAAGCGCACCAAGCUACCCAAUUUCGCGGCCAUACAUCAGAAGCACUUCGAAAAAAUGGAGAAUCUGGUGGAGCACAUUGAGCGGAAGGCGGUGCGCGCCAAGGUGCUGACCAACUCAGCCGUGAAACAGCAACAGCAAACAAUUGCCUCGGCGCAAAAGUCGGUAGUCAAGAAGCUGGUGCCAGCAGCAGAGCGUUCGCGUGCCUUCAAGAAAAUAGAUGUGCCCAGCUAUACUCUAACGCCCUUGAAACCGGAGGAGCUGAUGCGGCAAAAGCAGCUGCCGACGCCGCGUAAAAUAAUGGGCGUGACACUGCCGAAGUCCGUAAUACCGAUACGCUCUGGCCAGGCGGGCAACAAUCCAAAGCCGAAAUUCAAUUUGUCCACCGCCGUGGCGCCCAAGUUGUUCAUUCCGGCGCCAAGCGCGACGUCCGGCCAAAAUUUAAAAACCGGAGAGUCAAAGUUGAAUAAACUGGAGACACGUCGCCAGCGGCACAUGGAAAUGUUUAAGGGGCGAAACGUGGUGGAGAAGAGGUGUGAAUUUGUGCGCGGAGUGCGCUCUAAUCGACGCUUCGAGCUGCAAAUGCAACAUCGUCGCCAGUUGGACGAGAACACGGGUUGAUUAUUGUCCAAAUUUCAUUAAUUCAUAUUUUGUAGUCGUUUAUUAAUAACUGUUUGUAUUCACUUUUAUCCUGUUCAAUUAAUUAAAAUAAACCAUUUAAUCCGGUCUAGGCGUAAAGCAUUUACGACCAAAACCCAAUGACUAAAA